AUGUCCGUCCCGCACCCCAUCGUCCAAUACACGUCCUCCGCCUCAUGGGCCAUGGUGGAGGACAAGUUUUCUCCUUUCGCAAAGGAGACGCUGGCCAACCUGGUUGACUUUUUCGAGAAUGAGAUCGCCCCCGCGCGCAAGCUUGCCCAUGUCCAGCUCCCCACGGACCCUAUCAAGCGCUGGCAGACGGUUGUGCCCGUUAUCGAGGAGCUGAAGGUCAAGGCGAAAAAGCGGGGGCUGUGGAACUUGUUCUUGAGCAAGGCACACUAUCCUGAGUACGGCGUGCCGCUGACCAAUCUCGAGGUAUGUUUUAUCGAUAUGCGGUUAUGGCUGAGCUGCUUGGCCGAGGGGGACAUAUUGCGUCACAGGUUGUCAACUGCUCUGCGCCAGACACGGGCAACAUGGGCAAAGGUCUUGGCCAAGUAUGGCACGCCAGAACAGCAGAAGAAGUGGCUUAUCCCGCUCCUUAACGGCGAGAUACGGUCGGCCUUUUCGAUGACAGAAAAGGGCGUUGCGUCUUCUGACGCGACCAAUAUCCGCACUUCGAUUCGCCGGGAGGGCAACGAGAUUGUGAUUAACGGGCACAAAUGGUAUAUUAGCGGUGCUGGUGACCCCCGUACUAAGCUGCAUAUUGUCAUGGGCAAGAGUGACCCCGGCAACAAAAGCGCCUACAACCAGCAAAGUGUUGUGCUCGUCCCGGCUGACGCGCCUGGCAUAACAGUUGUGAGGCCCAUGACUGUCAUGGGCUACGACGACGCUCCAGAAGGCCACUGUGAGGUCAUAUACGACAAUGUCCGUGUGCCACUCGGCAACUUGGUUCUCGGCUGGGGCAAGGGCUUUGAGAUUAUCCAAGGACGUCUGGGCCCUGGUCGCAUUCACCACUGCAUGCGGAGUAUUGGUGUUGCCUCAGAGGCGCUUGAUACGAUGCUCCGUCGUGUGACCGACCCGUCGCGCAAGACAUUCGGCAAAUACCUCUACGAGCAUGGAUCGGUCAUCGCCGAAAUUGCCCAGUCACGGGCAGAAAUCGAGUCGGCUCGGAUGCUCGUGCUCAGCGCCGCGCUCCAAAUCGACACGUACCAGGCUAAAGGCGCGCUGAAGGAAAUCGGGAUCGCCAAAUUUGUUGUCCCGUCAUUGGCGCUGGCCGUUGUUGACCGUGCGAUGCAGGCGUUUGGCGCGGAGGGCCUUUCACAGGACCAGCACCUCGCAGAGAUGUGGUCCAACUUGCGCACGCUCAGGAUUGCGGAUGGCCCGGAUGCAGUCCAUCUCCAACAAGUCGGACAACGGGAGCUCAAACGGGCCCCAGAACUCCACAAACAGGCGGCGACACGUGCUAAGAUGGAGGACGCGUUAUUUACCAAAGCAGGAAUUAAAAAGGCACAUUUGUAG